AUGUAUCCUUCAGGUGUUGCAAGUGUCUUCUUCUUCAGUUUGUUUCUUCAAGGCCUCCCAAGGGUUACGUGUGGUGAGUUUCGUUUAUUCUACUUAUUUUUGACUCAUCCUUAACUGACAGGCUAUAGUUUGACUUAACCAUGGCUGGAAGUUCAAAGUUCCAAACUCUUUUUGAGCAGGGCAACCAAGCGAAGCGUCGUUUCGUUUCUUCGUUCGGGUUGCAGAUAACUUUCUCAUUUUACUCCUUCGAAAUCGCGAACGAUUUGUGUAAGAGAGUCUUUGAGCAGGGGGGUCCCAGACCUCGUCUCUUCCCCCCCCCCCUGUCUUUGAGUCAUUUUUCCAUGCCUAUUUUAGCUGCGAUAAAAACUGCGCAAGACAACUAACUCAUAUGUACAUGUUUAUCCCGCUUGAUUAAGAUCUCACUAACUAAAGAAUCUAAUGCAGAAGACAAGGGACUAAAUUUUAACGUUUUGCCAUCACUGGCUACAAUCAUGUCUUAGCUUCUAAAGCCUUAAUUCAUGUUGUUAACUGUUUGCAAACAAUUUGGCCCAACCAUUUGACUGCUUGCAGAUAGUGUUUCAGUGAACAAUUAGAUAUGUCGUUAUUUCCUUUUUUGAUUCGUAAGGUUUUUUUCUGUCGGAUUUUGUCAUGCAAAUGCAAAUCAAGCUCUUCUACACGGUCUUGUCCAUUAUGAUGUACCUGUUCGAUAACAAAUAGCUUCUAGUCAAUAAAUAACGACUAUUGACACCCAAUCGGACUCGAUUACUUUAAUUAGAUAAGGUAUACCAUCCUCAAAACCAUUAUAUUUCCGCUAGCAGUCCUACGCUUGUUUCUUACACUUUUUUCAGCAUUUUACCCUUUAAUUUAACGUAUUUUUUUAAUUAGAGGAUAUUGGAACAGUUGAGUUCAUUUCCAUUGGUGUUUCAUUGGGAUUAGCAGUCUUCAUCGUAGUUUUCCUUGCUUUCUUUUGGUGGCGCGCACAAAAUGCCUACCCACUGGAUGCUAGAAGCAGAGAUAUAGGAAUCGUAAGUACAGUCCUCGCUAAAGGUUUCACUAAAAUCCAUUGAAUAACAUUUAGAUAUCCCAUCCCAAUUAAGUAACACCUAACACGCACUUUUCCAAGUCUGCUGACACUUCGCCAGGGUAUCUCUAAGCAUUUGAGCACAUACUGUAAAUUCUCCAAGAGCCUCCUGCCAACCAUCUCCAAACCAUCUGUAGAGUCAAUUUCCUGUUUUCACACUGGCAUGCAUCGAAUUCAGCCCCAAAGCCUUUUUUUCGUUUAGUUCUACUCUUUUUCUUCCAAAUCUAGCCAAGAUUUCAUUCAACCAAAAAUGGCUCCAUAAAGGUUGUAGCAAGAGAGAAUUUUGGUUCAAUAAAUGUGUGAGAGUUUUUGGAUAAUUUUUCGAAUGUUUUUAAUGAAUAAAAAUGGGGGGAGUGUUUAAAAUUAUUAGAAUUAGAAAAUAUUGGAUUGGAGGUUGUUGAAAAUUAAAACACGAAAGCAAUAAUUAGUAGACUAUUACCAGAUAGUCCCACCCCACAACAAGGUGCCUGUGAUCCCAUUAACAGACUAACUUGUUUGUGUGUAUACCUUUUCUAUUCUGAUUUCUUUUCCCUCAAAUAAACAUCAUACGCUCUAGAAACAACCCGCAGAAAGCCCCCUCAAAUGUGCAAGAUUGUCCGAACAAAACGUUCUUAAGUCAGUAGAACGUCGUCCUUUUGCAUUCUCUGUUAUCUCGACGAUGUUCUUCAGGAGCCAUAGCCAUCUGUUUUUCUUAGAAAAAUGCGAUAAAAUGAACUAGAAAUUUAAGGAACUUGGUUUUCACUGUCACCUUUAAAAAGAAAAGUGGAAACCAUAAAAGAAUUUAAGAGAUGAUAGAUGAAGAAUCUCACCAAGAUAAACAAGGGGUAUAAUAUCCAUAGAAACACUUAACCAAAACUUGUAGAGUGUGGUGACGCCAUGUACAGGGAGGGGGAGGGGGCCCUUGGAAAGGAAACCAACUUAGUGCAUGCAGGAGGCCAACGGAGCCCAACAGCUUACCAAGAUUUUAGUUAAUGAGAUAAACACUUAAAGCAAAAGACACACUCGAACACCAACUACUGAUCGAAUGCAUGCACACAGCCGUAUCACCCGAGUAGCCAUGGACAGCUAGCUGUUUCCACCUUGACUUGUACUCAUCAGCACGGCAUACCCCCGGAGGGGGUACUCCCCUAUAAUUAUGACAGGGGUGCUCGUCGUACCUUUUAGAUAAUUUUUCGAAAUUUUCCGAAGAGCACCCCCGUCAAUUUUAUGGAGGAGUACCCCCCCUCCCCGGGAGGGGCAAACCAUAGGAUAAAAGCUAGAGCGAAAAGUCCAGUUGAGAUAUAAUUCUGCUCAUGCAUUGGAUUUUAAUUGGCCAAGCUGUGGGGGUUGGUUUUCGAGAGUGUUACUUGCACUAAGGCCAUGCUCACUCUUUACCAGAUAGCUUUUAGUUCCGACACGAAAAGUUACCCCGUAUAAUAUAAACAGCAACGGCACAUGAACUGAACAAGUCGUUUACACACAUCGAACAUCAUCAUCAUCAUCAUCAUCAUUAUCAUCAUCAUCAUCGGUCUUUAUUUAAGCACGAAAUCGUAUCACUUUUACAUGGUCUUUCUAGGAAUCGUAUGUAAAAUUAUACUAAAAUACUCUAAGAAACUACUUGACUAUAAAGUUUAAAAUACAAAAACUUAUAUUAUAACAAGAGUUACCACGAGUCAUAGUGUAUUAAGAUAAUCUUUCCCUACAUCGUGGUUAGCCAAGAGAGUUUGGUGAAUUAAGAAGGGCUGAUCGUCUUUUACUUGAAAUUUGAGGUGUCCCGAUAGCAUCUUGGACCCCUUGGCCUGAACUAGAAGACCAUGUUCAACUGCAAUUUUAUCUAAACUUAUGGGAGGUCAAUCUUGCCAAAACAUCUCCCCCUUAACAUAUGAGCACGAGAGUUAAAAUUCUUGGAGUCAUAUUUCAAUGCUUUACGGGAUUCUGGCCCUUCAGUGUAUUAGACGCUAUAAUGAGUGACUUAGUAAUGGUACAAACAUGAUCAGCAAAAACGAGUACCCUAAAUUGCAAAGAGAUGAUAAUUUUAAUAUCUUUCCUUCAUUUUUUUAGUAUAAUUCUGCGGUUGCUGCAGACCAGACAGGACCAAGAAGUGAGCCAGGAAUUUCAACCUCAACCAGCCAGCUGUGA